CCCUCUCUGGGCAUCUCCCUCACCAGUCUGUGUGGGUGUGUGUGUGUUUGAGAGAGACAGACAGAGACGUUCCAGGCCUUAACCAUGAAGCACGGUGUCCAGUUAUUGCUGUUGUUGGCGUUGGGGUGCCUGCACAUCAAUGGUGCACCGGUGGAGCAGGAAGGCAUGGAGCAGGGUUCGUGUGAAGAUGCAUCUGCAAAGGGAGCUGCAGAGCUUGCUCUCAAAAAGAUCAACGAAGACCGGCAGGAGGGCUACGUCUUCGCCCUGCACCGCCUGUCGGAUGUCCACAUGAAGCAACAUGGAGAGAACAGCAUGGUUUUCUACCUGACUAUGGAUGUUGUGGAGACUAACUGCAGUGUUCUCAGCAAGAAGGAGUGGAAGGACUGCGAAGUUCGUCCCACCACUAACACACCGGUAUAUGGACAGUGCAAAGCUGCCAUCUUUAUCAGUAAGGUGCACAGAGUGGUGCGUCUCUACAAAUAUGACUGUGCCGUCAGACCAGUUCCUGCAGCUCGGAUAAAUAGCCAGUGUCCUGACUGUCCAACUCUUAUCGCCACUGACAACGAUAAUGUCCAGAAGGCUGUGUCUCUCACACUGGAGAAGUUCAACAGCGAGAGCGGGUUAUUGCAUCGUUUUGCUCUGCUCAAAGUCAACCGUGCUACUGCCGGGAUGGCCAUGUCGAUGUAUUACAAUGUAGAGUACACCAUCCAGGAGACCACCUGCGGACAAAGCACAACUGAUAAGUGCCCCCUCAUGGAGUGCGAGUUUGCUCACAAGGGCUUCUGUAAGGGAUCCCUCUUCUACACUCCCACUGGUGAAGCUAACCCCAGUGUAGAGUGUGAGAUCUAUGAGCCUGAGGCCGCUGACAGAGAGAAGGCACAGCACCUGCUGGGCGGAGAGACUGACCACAACCACACAGACACACACGCACACAGCCAUGACCACGACAAGGCACACGCUGUAGAUGAUGCACACACACACGACCACGUACACGACCACACCAAGAGCCACACUCAUCACGACAAAACCCAGCAGCACGCUACUGACAGCGACCACCACCACACACACGACCACGAUGCGGGCAGCAGCCACAGGCAUGCUCACGCCCACUCCCACGACCACGGGCAUGACCAUGAUCACGUGCACACUCAUCACGCCAAGGCACACAACCACAGUGAUGACGCACCCAACCAGCACCACGACUACAAGCAUGCUGAUGACGUGCACACCCACGACCACGACCACGAGCUCGCUCUGGACCACGACCACAAGCACGCUCACCUGCAUGAGCACGAGCACCACCACCAUCACCAUGAGCAUGAGCACGAGACCACAGCCCACGACAACCCAGAGGGCAUGGUGAGAAUGCUUCCUGCCAUGGAUCAACCCAUGACCCUGCCUUCCUUCCCUGAUGUCCCUGCCGGUGGCCCUGAGGUUGGAGUCACUCUGCCCCUCAAGCCUGACCCCGAGAUCCCUGAUCAGAUGGAACCCACCAUCGAGGCCUUCCCAACCACAGUCUCAGCCCAGUGCCCCCCUGCAGCUGCAGGAACCACCCUGGUGGAGCAACUCUUUGCUGAGGACCCCAUGUUCAAGCCAGCUGCAUAAAGUAGCCCUUACGCAGCGACUGAAUAGAUUUAAGAAGAAGAAGAAAAGAAAAAAAAAAACAAAAAACUGACAGAUAGACACAGAAGUAAGGAAAGAAUAACAUUUAACACAUUUGUUUCAGACACAUUGAUAGACAAUAUAACAGGCCUAAACUGCUUCUCUGAGCCAUCCUUGGGCAACAUUGUGGUUUAAUAUAAGAACAUAACAUGUAACCUUUCCUGUCUCUGCUUACCUCAAACAUCUAACAGAGGCAAAGUGCAUAAAAAACAAAAACACAAUGAUCCAAACAUAUUUUGAUGGGAAAUUGGUCUUAAAUAAGAACAUAAAAAACACCAAACUGGUAACUUACUUUAUAACAAUCCUCAGAGACACAACACUGUACUCCAUUCACAUGGAGGAAUCAUCUUUAAAAGCAAAGAUCUUAGUCACUGUAUAAUCAAGCCAGCAAACAUGAAAGUUUUUAUGUUUGUAUGAUAUCUGUGUUUGACUGCACAAAAUAAUAAAUGAUACCACACAAA